CACACACACACACACACACACACACUCACCCACACACAGCACACACACACAUACUGAACAUGGAAUCGUCCAUUAAGCUUAAGGAGUGCAACAACUCGAACGGUAAUCCAAAUCAGAGCCUCAAUCAGAGCCAACUGUGCAAUGGGAACAGCAACUGCACCACCAACUCCGGAGUCACCGGCAACGGUGGUGGCGUGACCGUUAGCAUUUGCAGCAGCGACAGCUUUAGCAGCAUGAUGCCACCGCCCGCAACGACGCGCGACCACGAGCUGGUCAGCGCGAACAGCAUCGAGCUGAAUGCGGCCGCCUCGCUGAGCGAUGACAGCGGCGUCCCAUUGACCACCAACAGCUCCAUAUCCAGCGGCGACUCGUAUCGCAUUGGCAUGUGCAAGUUCGAGAUCGAGAUGGUGGAGAGCGACGGCGAGGUGUCGCAGUUCGAUUCGCUGGACAACUGCUCGGAGGGCGGCAUGAGCGCGGAGAACUUCAAUACGCUUAAGAAGGGGCCGCUGGCGCCAAUCGAUCCGCCGCCCGAGUUCCAGGACUCGCCGCAAACGACGCUCGUGCGCUCCAUCUCGAAGAACAUUGUGAACAGCCUGCGCCGCUGGACCUCGUCGCAGUCGUCGUUCGAGCAUCUCAAGGACGACGUGACCAUGGUCAGCGCUGCGGUGGCCAGCGGGGCCACAGGUGCCAACCAGGAGCUGGUCCUGCUGCUGGCCAAACCGGCGCUGGAUGUCAGCGGCACCAGCACCAGCAGCAGCAGCAGCUGCAAGCUGUCCGGCAGCGAUGCGACCUCUGCUGCCGAGCGCACGCUCAAGGAGUCGUAUGCCAUCAACAAGCACCUCUACUCGAGCGACUCCAUACUGAACAGCCACACGGACAACAUAUACGACGAACCAAAUAAUAUCAUAAGCAGCUCGCUGGGCAACAGCAUCGAUCUGCUCGACGACGACGAGGACGAUGAGAACGACAAUGAUGAGGAUGAUGCUGAUGCKGAUGCGGACGACGACGAUGUCGAGGCGGCCUCGGAGCAGAGCAGCUGCUCGCCCUCGCUGCCAUCGCCACCGCCGCCCGUCUCGAUAAUCAAAAUCAAGCAGACGCUGUGCCCCUACUACCAGGAUCACACGCGCUACUUCAAGGCCAUUCCCACGGAGCAGGACAGCAUUGCCAGCGCGAAGGCGGCGGCGGCAGCGGCUGCGGCUGUGGCCCAGCAGCGCUUCAACAGCGCCGGCCUCUCCGAAAUACACGACUACGAUCUGUACUACGGGGCGCGCGGCAGGCAGUCCGCGGCGCUGCAGCCGCCGGGGGACAACGGCAGCAGCAGUCUGCAGCGGCGGCAGCUGCUGUACAGCCCGCUGGGCCACACAAGCCACUGUCACUACCACUCGCACCACCACCACCACCAUCACGGCCACCAUCAUCACCAGCAGCACCACGGCCAGCGGCCGAACUCGCGCAACUCGCUGAACAGCCGGCUUAGCAGCUCGCACAACUCGCUGAACGUGUCGUCGGCGAACAAGCCGGACGACUCGAUCUUCAUAACGCAGGCGAUGUCGCACGAUGCGCUGUUCACGCGCGAGAUCUCCGACUUCUACAACGUGCCCAUCGACUCGGACAUCUAUGCCUUUCCCGUCGACAUGAUCGAGCAGCAGCUGGAGAAGCAGCAGCUCGAGCAGCAGCAACUGGAGAAGCAGCAGCAGCCGCUGGAAAAACCGCAGCAGAGCGUGGCGUACCACAAGGCCUCGAGCAGGCGCAACAAGCGGAACAAGCGCAAGCAGCGCUACGCGGCGGCAGCUGCAGCAGCAGCAGCGGCGGCGGCAGCGGGGUCGACUACGGUGGUGGAGACCAGCGACGAUGGCGGCGACAAGACGGGCAAGCAUGGCAAAUAUCGCACGCCGGUGGUGCAGAGUGGCGAGGCGGAGCCGCUGCACAUGACGCUCGACGAGGUGAAGCAGUUCUAUCACACGCUGUACUCGGACGCGGGCAAGUCCUCGUGGUGUGGUGCGAGUGGUGCAGCUGGCAAUAAAAUGCUCGGCACUGCCGCAGCUGGCGUCGGCAGCAAAGCGCUGGGCGUCAAGUCGAGCAACGAGACCAUCUGGAGCAUGUCGACGAACACCACCAACACGACGAACACAACGACGACGACGGCGCGCACGCGCAGCAGUGCGGGCACCACGCGGGCGAGCGGCGGCGGUGCCGCGAGCAGCGACACCACCGCCAAGUAUCUGAGCAAGCAGAGCAAGCACAACAUCGACAAUGAUAAGCUGAACAACAACAACAACAACAACAGCAGCAGCAACAAUUACGCACAGCAGCAGCAGCUACCCACCACGCAGCUGCCCAACUCCUCAGAGAAGCUGCUGGCCGAGCAGCAGCAGCCGAACAACAACAAGCAUCUGCUGCAGUCGGAGAAGAAGUCGCAGUUCUCGCUGAAUCUGAAGCAAAAGUUCUGCAGCAUCUUUCGCUUUCGGCGCAGCAAUCACAGUCGUUGUCGGAGCUCCAAUGCGUCAGUGGCGGCAGCAGCAGCCGCCUCAGCGGGUGCCGCCACUGCCACAGCUGCCGCUGUCAGUGCCACAGCGUCCACGACAGACGCCGCCGAUGCGGAGGAGGCUAAUAAUCAGUGUCUCAGCCGCAGCGAGCCCAGCGCCGAUCUACGCAAAAAGUUUCAAUCGCGCGCUUUGCCGCCGCUGCCACGAAAAGCUUAUGCCAUUGAUGCCGCCGAAGCGGAGCCGGAGGAGCAGAAGAAGAGCGCCGGAGCGCAAGAGCCGCGUGCACUGCAGUUUACCUCAAGCAUUGAGAAAGUCAAAGACUAUGGCUGGUACUGGGGUCCACUGUCCAGCGAGGCCGCCGAGAAGGUACUUUCCAACGAGCCGGACGGCUCGUUCAUAGUGCGCGACAGCUCCGAUGAUCAUUAUAUAUUCUCGUUGAGCUUCAAGCUAAACAACUGCGUGCGGCAUGUGCGCAUCGAGCAGGAUCAGGGCACAUUCUCGUUUGGCUCGUACGCCAAGUUCAAAUCACAAACUAUAACCGAGUUCAUUGAGAAGGCAGUCGAGCAUUCGCGCAGCGGCAGAUAUUUGUUCUUUCUGCAUCGUCGGCCGGAGCAUGGACCAAUGCGUGUGCAAUUAACCAAUCCAGUAUCUAGGUUUAAGCAUGUACAAAGCUUGCAGCAUAUGUGCAGAUUUGUUAUACUAAAGGCGGUUAUACGAAAGGAUCUAAUACAGACAUUGCCAUUACCAAGAAGACUUCUAGACUAUCUUAACUAUAAGCAUUGCUACUCCGAGCAGGUGGAGAGCGACAGUUCGCACUCUCAGAUAUCUGGCGAUGGCUCUAUGUAAAAUUAAGCAAGGCGAAUGCCGGCAAAGAAAUUGAUCGAAUGCGAAAGCAACAGAAAUUAUUACAUUAUAUAAGUAGUAGAAUUUAACAAACAAAACAAGUAAAUGAUAAAAUCAAGGCAAGAGCGAAGGCAUUUAAAAACACGAAACACAUAAGAGCAAUGGCAACAUAAACAAUUGUUGAUAAAAGGAUGCAAGGAAGAAGAAGAAGAAAUUCAAAACUCUGUUUAUUGAUCAUUUUUGUACUCGGUGCUAUACUAUAAAUAUUAACUAAUUAAUGACAAAGCAAAAGCGAAACAAAACAUAAAACAAAACAUAUAUUAAUUGAUAUGAUUAUGCGUAGUCAAGUAAAACAAGAACAACAAAACACCAACAGUAACGACAACAACAACAACAUCAAUAGCAACAACAGCAACACACAAACAAUGUAUAUACUUAUGCAUAACUAGAAUCGAUAAUAGAUAACAAAUAAUAAUAAUAAUAAUUUACACAGCCAGCUGCAAACUUUGAGCACGAUGAAUUUGGCGAGCGCGUUGAAUUCUCGAUUUCUAGAUUAUUGUAUAAAACUUGAAUGCUUGCCUUUUAGCUGUGAUUCUUAGCUGUUGCCACCCGUACAUCUAAAUAUAUAUAUAAAUAUCUAUGUAUUUGUUUUUAUAAGUUUGGCAUAAGAUGUUUAUUCAGAGCUAUGCUUUCUUACCGAUUCAAACAAAUUCAAACUGUAAAUUUGCUCAAGUGCUCGAAGCUCAAUGCAAUAAUAUCGUUUAGGAACUUGAGACAUGACCCACAAGGGUUGCGACAUUGUUGUAUUUGAAACCUUAGAAGCAAGUUGAAGUAAAAAUGUUAGGCGAGAUGAAUUUAAGGUCUGACACUUGGAUGAAAUGAAAUACUCGACAAUUGCUCAAACGGAACCAAUGUUAAUAUGUAUAUUUAUGAUUCUUAAUUUAUUGUUUUGUAUCCCUGUUUUUCGUAGCCUUAAUUAAUUAAUUUGCUAAGCUUGUGUCGCUCUCAGCAUCGUGCCCAGAGUGCAGCAAGACCCAAA